AUGGAUUCAUUGGAUACAAAACGUAAGUUUUAAAGAAUUAUGAAAAUAUGGUGCAAAUACAUAUUACGCCAUCAGGAGCGUACUCGUUAGCCGGGAGGGGUGUUUUCAGGUUGGAAACCUCGCCCUCGUUGAAAUUUAGACGUUUGAAAAUUUUCAAAAAAUAUUAAAUAUUAAUUGUAAUGGGACAUUAAUUAUAACCACGAGCUAAUGACUGAAUUUGAUAAACCGUGGCUUUUACGGAGAAACAAUUUGUGAUAUCCCGUUGACCGUACAGUUUGAAUCUAAUAAAUUGGAAAUCCUAAUACAAGGUACUUUAUAUAAUAUGCCAAAUACUACCCAUGUACCUAUGUUCUUCUUAAACUCACCGAAAAUUAUUUUGAAAUUUCUCAAAAAUAAUUGUGAAAUGUACCUAAUAAGAUGCAUGCCUAUUAACCACUAAAUAAGUAUUAGUCUUCCUAACAUACAAAUCCGGUUGCUUUUUACCUAUAAACAAUGCAUGGGUUACAUACUUAUUAAUCUGUUGAUUUUUCAUUAAUCUAUAUACUUAUCAAAUACUUAUAUAUACUUGAGGAGAUAAAAUCAAGAUAAAAAUGAUUAUUACCCGUUGCACACCUCUUCUCCCCGCAGUUUAAUACAUUUCUGCCUACGCCCCAGAGGUAUAACUAUAUAAUUAUAUUUUUGAUAGAAACAUUACGUAUCCAUAGAUGCAUUUUAAUAUUUUGCACGGUAUUUCAUUAUUUCUUUAUAAUUUAAUUUAAUUAAUAUUCAUAUUAUUAACAUAAUAAUAUUGCUUUCAUUUCACUGGUAGCUGAUUUUCGUACCGACCUAAUUUAAAUUUAAAAUAAAAUUAACAUAUCUACUUAUCAAAUACUAACAUUUUUAUCGUAAGGGACCUGUACUUAAUUGUAUUUCUAUCAAAAAUCCGCACAAAUAUUUUUUUUUGUUUUUUUUUUUAGAUAUACAGAAUGUCCCAUCGUAAUCUACAAUUUUUUUAUAUCUCUGUUAAUGUUCAAUUUUUUUUUAAAAUUUGUUUUUCCCAAAUCGCAUUUUGUGUCAAGACAGAUUAUAUAGAAACAAAUUCAACGUUUUAAUUUCAUCUCUACUCACCAAACGAAAAAAAUUAUUCGUUCACUCUGUUAAAAUGUAUUGACAGAGAUAUUUAAAACCGUAGAACACGUUUUUCGGACAGUAAUGUACACAAAUUAUUUUCAGUUUUAUCUAUAAUGUAAUUGUAGUUGAACUUUAAAUAUGACAUUAAUUAAUACCUAAUAUCUAAUACUCUAAUGUUUAUUAUAGUAUUCAACUGUAAGUAAUAUUCAUCUUUACAACUAAUAUUAUUAAUUUUACAACUUUAUUGUACUAGUUAUAGAUUAUCACAUUUAGAUUCGGAGCGCAAUGAGAGAUCUAUUGGUUUUACUAUAAUGUGUGUAUAUUGUUUUUCUGUCUGUAAACAAUUUUUCGAACAGAAAACUUGUUCCAGUUGAAAAAUGACAAUAGGCUUUUUUUGUUGUUUGUUAGACCAAGUUGGUGCACAAAAAAUACAAUUUUUUGAUUUUCACAGGGGUUUUCAAAAUAAUUGAGAAAAAUCGGAAAUAAAAUAAUAGGAAAACGGGAAAUAUUUACUGCGAUGAAAUAUUUUGCGAAGUUACCGAGUUUCAUUGUUUUAAAUUUUUACGGUUUAUGUUUUUUUUUUUCGGAAAUAUUGCUCCAAUAAAAGAACGACAAGUGAGCUUUUUUGUUGAAUUUUGUAUCUAUUAUUAGGGAACAAGAAAGUUGUAUUUUGGCUUGUUUAGUAGUUUUUCUAAUGAUUGAGAAAAAGCGAAAAAAAAUGUAGAAAGAUCAGAAAAGUUUACAAAAAAAUGGUUUCAUUAUUUUAAAUUUUGUUUUUAUUUUUGUUGUAAUUCAGUUAAACAAAUAUUCGUAGGACUUGAAAUAUUAACAGAAAACUUAUAUUUGCAUUUUCUAGACGUAGUAUUUAAAACAUUUAAGUUAUUUAUAGACGAUUUCUUUUUACGAGGUAUUUAAGUCAUUUUUAUUCGGUAUGUGCUUUGUGGAUAAAAUUGUUUAAUCAAAUAAAAAUGCUUAAAUGUUUAACAGGAGGUUUAUUAUAACUUAAACUUAGUGGUAAAAACAAAAUGAGUGCAAUGUGGUAUUUAUAAUUAUAUAUUUUUUUUCAUAUAACUUUUAAAGUCAAAUUUUGUAAAUAUUACGGCCUUUCAAAACACGUAUAAACCGAACUUCACUUCAAAUCUUUAUUCAAGUAUAAUAAUUAUAACCAUGCAAAUUGAAAUUUAAACAUUAUAUUAUUCAAAACGCGAUACCUAUCUAAUAUCAUUAUUAUUAUUAUUAUUUUUAGUACUACCGGUAAAAGAUAUGUCUGCAAGGGCAUAUUGGAAACAAAUUAGAGAAGUCAGUGAGUGUUUUUAUUGAAUUAAAAAUACUCCCGUUUCAUAUCAUUCUAGAUAAAAAUCCGUUUAAUUAGUAUAUUUUUGGGAUCUGGGAAGAAGCCAGUCAAUUUUUUUAUACUUUUCAGCAUUUACUGCUUUCAUAGGUAGUUCUAAAUGGCAUAGGUCAUAUAAUUAUAGUAUGACUUAUGGUUUUGUGCGCUCAACAAAAUGUACACCGUAGUAAGAUCUUUUAACUUUCAAUGGAACGUGUGUUGAACUAUGUUAUUUAGACCAAUACAAAUAUAAAGGGGAAAAUUGCAUAAGAUAAAACGAUAUAAAAAAAAUCCAAAAAUUGACUUCAUCACUUCUUCCAAUGAAACCUACCUUACCUAUAGGCUACAUAAAAUUAAUAAUAUUUAUUCGAUUAAAUAUUAUACUUUUUUUAAUAUCAUUAUAAUUGAAUUUUCCGAAUACAAUUAAUUACAGUAUUUGCGAGUAGUAAGUACAACGUUUUUAUGUCAUAAAUUAUUAACAUGAACUUUAUUAUGCGAUUACCUAAGUACAUUUCCAUCUAUACAAAGUGUAAUUGUAUACCUUGUAUUUUUUAGAAGAAUCAAAGGUUUAUAAAGAAGCGUAAAUAACAUGGGCGGGGGCGGGUGGUUAUACGAGAGUAUAAUAAGUAACAAGUAUACUAUAUAUUUUAAUAAGAUUAUAAUUUUUUUUUUUUUUUUUAUUAUUUCUACAAUAGUCUUGAUUUUCGUAGUAUAUUUAUUUUCUAUAUUUACUCUGAAAAUUAGAAAAAAAAAAAAGACUAUUUCCAAUUACUCGUAUAUUAUAAUAUUGUAAAAACAUACAUUCGAGGCAUUUAAAACAAACAGUAUCUCGCUAAUAAGUGAGAUACAAUAAAAACAUAAUAAACACAAUACUCAUUGUUUCGGACGGGUGAGGAUUAUUUUCUUGCGGGUUCAAAUCGUAAAUUCGGCUGCAAACUGCCAAAUAUUAUCCAUGUUUUAAAAAUAAGAAAUAGUUAACCUGUUUAACAGUAUCGCUAACAUAACUCGUAUAUGAGUUUCCAAUAAGAAAUUAUAAUUAUGAUCUUUACCGUACAAUUGACGGGUUUUUAUUGUCUCUUUAAUAUAUUAUUUUGCCCAAACGUUAUCUGUAGCUCUUUGUCUAUAUUGAUUAUCGGGUACCCAAACGCGUUUAUUCUUGAAAUGAUAAUAUAGCAAAUAUUUUUUAUCCACAUUUUGAUUACUUUUAGCGCGCAACAUAAUUAUUCCGAAUCAUAUCAUUAGAAUUAUGCUGAUAUUAUAAAUUAUUUAAUUCAAUGUCAAUAAUAUUUUGUUUUUUUUUUUUUUUUUUUUUUUUUAUGUAUCCAGUUUUUCAAUACUGUAAGUUAGUUUUGUAUAUAACACUGGAUUAUACAGUAAUAUAUAUAUAACACUUGCCUCCCUCAUUUAAAGUAUAGAGAAACACAUCUACCAUUUCAUUUCCCCUCCAAUACGUGCAGAUAAAACGUUAUGAAUGCCAAGAGCAGCGAAUAUUUCCGAGUUCAAUUAAUUCUGUAACACCACUGUAUUUAUUACAUAAAUCGCGCGCAGUUUGAUACUCUGUGGCAACAUUGUAUAGCUAUAGAAAUUUAAUUGUGCUUUUACUUUUAAGUUAUGUUUACACCCUAGGAUGUUGGUACUUCACUCAGAACUCGGAAUUAAUGGCAAUGCGAUUCCGGUUUACGUUUUCACAUCGCAAUAACGCUCAUAUUUGCUAUCCACAGACACUAUUACAGAAGUAAUAGCCGUUUUAAUUUCUAGAAAAUUUACGUAAAAACAAUUAAUAUUAAACAGAAUAACGCGUUACGUGAUAAUGAAUCCCAGUCAGCACAGUAAUUCCUUAUUCUUUUAUUGAAAAUUAAUUGUUUUCGCGCCAAUUGGCGAGAAAUUAAAACUGUUAUUACUCAGAAACUAUUGAUCAGAUAUGAAUGUAUGGGGUACAUUCAAAUUUGUAGAAUGAUAUUUUUUACAAAAAGUCUAUUUUGAACAAUUUGAAAAACAAAAACUUGUUAAAAAAAAAAACAAUAAUAAUAAUAAUAUAACGUUAUAGUUAUAUAACGUUCAUAUAACAAUGUAGGACAUCCUAUAGAUACACAUAAUGUGUAUAUAUGUACAAAAAAAAAAAAAAAAAAACAUUGUUUUGUAUGUCAAUAUUCAUAAAAUACCCAAUGAAUAUUAAAUUCAAUACAUUUUGAAUUAUAUUUAUAAAAAAAAAAAAAAUAAAAUAUAGAAAAAAAAACUUGGCCUAUUAUAGAAAUGACUUCUAGUCUUGAGUGCAUUUACUACGGCCGGUUUUGAAUUACAAUCAACAUCGGGUAUAUCGUUGUAUCAUGAACACAAAAAUAAAAAAACGGUACCGUUGGCCAACACUAAUUCAGCGUUAAAUUUUGGUAUCAAAAGGAGUUUUGAUGUUGGUAACGCGUUCGCUGUGAAGAGUUAUGGAAAAGCCAAUAUUUCUUUGGAAAAUAAUGCAUUCAUUUUGAAAACGGUACCUUUCGCCGUCACUAAUUCUGCACUAAAUUUUGUUAGCCAGGUACUACCGUGGAUUUCGGUGCUGGUACCCGCUAAGUGAAGUUAGUGGAUGAAAUAUAAGCCCCUGCAUAACUCUGGACAGAGCAUAAAUUUUGCAUACAAUAUACCGUUCACCAACACUAGUUCAACACUAAAUAUUAGAAAGAACUAAAAAUAAAAUUAGUAGUGCUCAAUGUCUGUCCGCCAACUUCAUGGACCUAAAAUAAAACGCGUCUACAUGACUAUGAUCUCGACUUUGAAUUUUGACUUUUGUUAACUUGUUAUUAAUACCUGGUAUGUAAAUUUUAAAUAUCAGUCAAUCAUGAAAUAACAUUUUUUUUUUUUUUCAAAUUUAGUUUUGGAAUUUAGUGAGUUAACUUGAAUACAAAAACUAUGGUUCAUUCGUUUAUAACAAUAAAACUAAGCACAUACUUUUAUGAUAUUAUAAGUGGCGUAGCCAGUGAGCGCACGAGAACUAUUUGACAGUAUUUUUGAAUAUUUUGCUCAUAAUCAUUUCAUGCGUAUGUUACUUAAAUAUUAAUUGCAGCAUACAUGUGGUGUAUACUUUUAGAUUCUGAGUGUAGUGAAGAAUAUAUUGGUUUUACCUACUAUGAUUUUUUUGAUUUUGUAUAUUUUGUUUUUCUGAAAGUGAAUAACUUUUUUACCAGAAAUCUUGUGUCCAACGAAAAGCUACAAAAAAACAUUUUUGUAGAAAAUUGUAUCAAGUUGGCGCAGUUAGCAGAUUAUUUUUUUUUCCUUCAUAGUGGGAAAGGUAGAAAAACGGGAAUAUUUCACAAUGGCGAAUUUUGUUAAUUUUAAAUUUGGUUUUUCAUUAUAAAAAAUUUGCAUUCGGUUAGAUAUAAUCAUAGAUGCGAUGUGAUGACAUACAUUUGAGAAGUUAUAUCUAUUAUCUCAAAUCAUUUACAUUAAGUUAUCAUACAUAUCAGGAGUGGCCAACAUGAAUAUGUUCGCGAGCCACAUGUAUAAAUGCAAUGAGAUUAAGAACAAAUGUAUUUGUAAAUACAUUUUAUAAUUUUAUAUAAUUUGAUCUGCUCUAUACUUUUAUAACACAAAAGUAAUAAAAAUAGUAAAAAGGCUACAAACAUAUUAUUUUGUUUUGAUUAGAUCACGAGUUUUCUAAGAUUUCUAAUACCCGCAAAUAUUAAAAACUGUGCGGUAAAAUUUAUAUACAUUUUUGAACCGACAUAUUCGUUUGAAUCGCUUUAUUCAACAAUGAAAAUAAUUAAGUCGAAAUAUCGUUUAAUUUUCACUGCUGAUCAUCUCACAGAAUUACUGAAAAUUGUUUUUACAUCAAUGCAAUCAGGUAUUAAAAAGCUAACUAAAAAAAGUAGACACGAAAAAAAUGCCAUGUAUACAAAUUGAGUUUUACGUUCAUUUUUUUUUAUUUAUUAUUCAUAUAUAUUUGUUUAUUAAUCUGUAUUUUAUAGCUUUAUAUCUAUAUAAUGAGACAUUUUUUUUUUUUUUAUAAAUGUAUACGAAAAAAGAUUAAAAUUCAUAAUAAUAAUAAGUAAAUUUCGGUUUUGGUAAAUAAGACGCGAGCCGCGUACGACUAUGACUAUAGCCACAUGUGGCUCUCGAUCCGCAGAUUGGCCACCCCUGAUAUAUAUCUUAUCCUACCAAUUUACCACUUAGAACAGUGGCUUGUCCAUUAAUAUAAUAUCCUGCAUGAGGAGUACAACAAUGUUCAGGCGUCCCCCCUACAUUGAGAAAUCCUGGCUACGCCUUUUGAUGAUAAUUUAAGUAAUUAUUAUUAAAACCAAUAGUUUUAAAAAAAAUGUCCUGCCUGUAUAUAAAUAAAAUUUGUAAUCAUAUGUAUUUUAUAUUUUUUAAACAUAUACAGUAUCGCUAAAAGGUAAACAUUUUUAUUCUUAAACAGGGUUUUUUUUUUUUUUUACUCAAACGGAAUAUAUCCAAAAUUUGAAAAAAAAACAUUUAUAAUGUUCCUUUUAUAGAAUACGAAUAUAUGUACAGAUCUCAUAGUAAGUAAACGAGCAAUUCUAUUUUUUUAAUUUACUAAAAAAUUAUUAUUAUUAUUAUUGGAGAUUAUUUGGCCCCUAGGAACAUAUGCCAUCUUACAAUCACACGUAGAAAUUGUCAAUCCCCUUCGUGUGUUAGAUUUAGCUGUGGAGAACGCACAGAUAGAUAACAUACAAAUACAUUUUUUAUUAUAGCAGUUAAAAUUUAGAUUGAAAUUCACUGUCGUUUUGUAUGUAGUACGGUGAAAAAUAAUAAUCGUUAUAUUGCGGAUGUAUAUUAGGCUUUUACCUAUCGUAAUCCAUCUCUUAUCGUAUUUAUAACCUAAAUAUAUUUGUCCUACACAUGCGCGCCCGUGAUAGUUGUAGAAUUACACGAUCGAUAUUCGAAGAAAGACUGUAUUUUAUUAGCCGCGUAGGUAAAUUAUUCUCGAUUUCGGUCACGUAAGGGAUACGAACAUAGGACCCGUUGUCUAGACACGUGCGGUAUACUAUUCUAUGAUGACCCGAAUGGUAUGUAAGAUGUCUAUAAAAAAAUAAAAUAGUGUCUGACAAAUUUUUGAUUUAGAGUGUUUACAUAAUUUAACGGAAAAAUAAUCCUAUGUUUGUGUGUAUACAUGUGAUGUGUGUGAUGUAUGUUGGUAUAGAUUUGUACAUAAAUCAAAUUUACCAAACACACGUAUAACGAUAACAAUAGGUGCACGACAACGGCAACAGCAGGUAUGGCAUGUGAUAAGAGUGAUAGGUAUAUAAUAACGAUAAUAGUAAGUCGAGUAAGUAACUGAUAAGGUGGGAAAAUUAAGGGGAUGUGGUCAAUAUAGACCGAGUACGUGGUGCACAUAGAAAAUAAUUGAAAAAAAAAAUGAAUUUGAAAAAAGUGGUGGAGGGAAAUAUAGGUCGAUGAAGAGGAGAAGGAGGGGGAUGAGGAUGAGGGUGCUGAAUCCCCAUUUCCAUACUACUACUGUAAUAUUUCCGAUUUUCAUCAAUAUUUUAUAUUAAAACUAAUGUAAGAAAAAGGAAUAUAUUACAUUUAUUUUUUUUUUGUUUUUUUACCACUUUAAGUACGGCUAAUAAAAAACAAUAAGUAUACAGCAAUAAUCAGAAGAUCAAAUAAUAUUUUAACACAAGUAUUUAAAAAUGUAUAUUCUGAAUGUUUGGAGUAAAUCUUAAUGUAUUUUUAUUUUUAUAAUUGUUAUGUUCAUUCGUAUAUAAUAUAAAACAUUAGAAUUCAAUUGUAACCAUUGCUAUUUUUAAUAAAACAAAAACAGAUCCAGAAAAAAUCAAAGAAGAAAAAGCUUUGGAGAGAAUAAAAAAUUGGAUGACUGGUACAAACUUUGCACGUAUGUAUAUAUAAUAUAAUAAUCGAAUAUAUUUAAAGUCAUGAAUUUAAAAAAAAAAUUAAACUAGGUAAUAUUAUGUUAAACUACACAAAAGAAAACAUUUCAAGGGACUACUUAUAAAUUGUGAACAAUAUUGUGAUUUUAAUGUAUAAUUAAACCUGUAAUUUAAUGGACAGCAAACACUAUAUAAAAAGAAAAGGUGAACAUACUUCUCACGAUAGGUGGGCCACUGUUGUAUGUGAGAAGUGAGGAACGUAGAAUAUAAAUGGGAAUUUAAUUUAUAUCUGUGUGUAAAGGUAAACCAUUGCUAACAAACGAUUUACUUUUGAUUCUCAAACAACAACCUAUAGUGAAAAUUCCAUAAAAGAUGAUGUUUUAGUAUUAAAUAAGUUUUGGUUUAGCUAUUUUUAAUUUAUGGCAACCUUUUGACAAAAUUUACCAUUUUCAAGUAUAGAUGAAAACAAAAUAAUAUAAGAAAUUAGGGAUAUUUAAAGUUUUACAUUUUUUUUUUAGAGAAAUCCUGUUGUUAUUAUGCUUAAUAUAUUUGAUAUUUAUUUUCCAUACUUUUUGAAUUGAUUUUAUUAUAUACCUAUGAUACUUGCAAUAACCAUGAAAUAUCCAAUAUACUAAAAUGUUUUUCAAAUAGCUUCUAGUCAAAAACAACCACAACGAAAACCAAUUGAUGAAAAAGAAUCUUUAGAGAGAAUACAAAAGUGGAUGGCUGAUGCUGAAUUAUUAAGUAAUAUAUAAUAUUUUAAUAUAUGAUAAAAUCCAUUAGUCGAAAAUAAAACUUCGAUUUUAUAAAAAUAAAAAUGUUAACCAAUAAUAUAUACAGGUAUAUUAUGUUAAAUUUUGCCAAGAAAAACUUCAAGCCUCAAGAGACCAAAAAUCAAUUAUGAACUACAACACAGUUUUAAAAUUUAAAUAUUCAUGCCGUUGGGAAAACUGAAGUUGAAGAAGAAAUAUCAAUAUUAUAAUUUAUCGCUUUAUAUGCGUUAACGGACAGAAAAACAUAAAAAAAAAUAAUAAGAAAAAAAGCACACGUCAUAUUAAAUGCAAUAUUAUCGAAUAUGAAUCGUUAUGCGCGGUUAAAUAAAAAUAAAAGGAAAGGAAAAACGUUAGAGUUUUUAACGGGGCACGAUUAUCGAAUUUUAAAACUGAAAAUGAUUUAUCAAUGGAAAUCACACAUUUUAUAACCGGUGUUGGUUAUAUUCCAAUAAUAAAUUUGUAUUACUAUACGGAGUGAUCAAUCGUUGAUAAGAUACCUACUCAUUAUCUUAAAAAGUAUUAAUGAUAUAUUUACUACUCACUUUUAAUUUUCAAAUAGCAUUCUAAAUUAAAAAUUCCAUUAAUAGAUUAUAUUUUAGUAUUAAAUCAGUUUUGGUGUAGUCAUUUUUCAUUUCGGCAACCCGAUGGCCCAGUUUUUUUUUUAUUUUAAAUUUUUGCAGGUGGAAAGUAGUAGGGCACUAUUCAAACGCCACGUGCUUUACCACGUGGUGCUGCACUGUACUCUUCCUUCACCCAAUCUUAAACGUAGAAUAUCUCGUCAACGGCCAGAUUGACGGAAAUAAAAAAAUGUCAACACCAAAUAUAAUACUACUAAAACAUCUUUUACUUAAUAUGGAUACUUGUAGACAAUACUUCCCGAAAAGUGUCUUAUCGAGAAUUGAUUACCGUAAUAUUAUAAUCUAGUAUAAUAUUAUAUUGCAUCGGGUAUUUCAUAUUUAUUUUCCGUACUCUUUUAACCGGUACUAUUAAGUAUCUAUAAUACCUAAAAUAAUCGUGUAACCAUUCAAUAUACUAAAUUGUUUUCCAAACAGAACACGGCCAACAGUCAUCGAAUAAUGUAGUUAACGGUAAUAUUUAAAUUUUUACUUGUAUAAGACAUAAUACAUUUGUUUACAAAUACAUUAUUGUAUGAUAGAAUAAUACGAUUGCAAUAAUAAUUUUAUAUUUGGCAUAGAGCAUAUAAUAUUUGUUGAAUAUAAAUAUAUCAUUUUUCUCGUAAAUAAAAAGAAAUAAUAUUACAUGGUGCAUCGAAUUAUUGUUACUAUUCUGUAGGUAGUAACUAAAUUGUCAAUGAAGAUUGACAGUAUAGGUCGUAAUUAUUCAAUCAAAAUAUUACUGGAAUAGUCUGAUAAAUAUAUAAAUGUGUUGUAAUUAAAAUAAUGUGCAGUAAAUUUGGUAUUUUCCAAUGUCAAUAUUACUGUUCAGACAAAAAAUCCUUUCCAACAAAAUAUGUACCAACUUUUUAUCCAUUUAUCGUUUUGCAUACAAGAAAAAAAUGUCGAACUAGAUGACAAGUAGACUAUCAAAUAAUAAUUAAAGUAAUUAAAGUAAUAAAAAUGUAGACUUUAAAUGUGCGGUGCAAAUCUAUAUUCUUUUUUUUAUUUACUGUUAAAUACUCAAAUUCAAUAAUAAUUGGUAAUUUGUUUUUUUUUUUUUAAGAAUCACAAACAGAAACAAGCCAUUCAAAUAAAAUAACAGGUGCAGACAAGUUAGCAAGUUGGAUGUUUAAGGAAGGUAACUUACUAAGUAAUAUUAUGUUUGUAUUUCUUUAAAUUCGUUAAUUGGAAAAAAAAACUAAAAUUGUAUGAUAAAAUUCUUAAACUUAUAAAAAAUAUAUUAAUAUAUAAUAUAUAAAUAAUAAGGAUUACUAAUACUUUUUUUUUUUUUAAGAUGUUGAAAUUAUUGAUCAGCCUACGAAUUACUAUAAUCGAGGUAAUGGUAUAUUUUUAGUUUAUUCUUUUUAUAAAUGUUGCAUUUUGAAAAUACAUAGCUAGGUAGGUACGCUUAAUUGGUAGCGUAGAGAGGACAUUCAAUGGGAUGAGAGUUAGGGGGUUUAUGAGUUAAAGGUUCUAAAACCUUCUUAACCUUACCUUAAGUUAAAAAAAUAAAGGGAUUACAGCCACGUAUACAAGGGGGGAAGGGGUAGGGAUUCAACCAUCUCCCCAAAAUUGCAUGCAAAUUAUGAUGAAAGUGAUUAUAGAUAGAAAAUUAUGAUGAUUUUUAAUAAAGCUUCAAAAAUGAUUUCUAUUAACAAGGAAUUUAAAUACAAUUUUGGUAAUAUUUUUAUUUUAUUAAUAGAUAGUAGUAUAUAGGUAUUGUUAUUUUUGUCAUUUCUAAUUUUUUGUGCUUUUCUUGCUUUUAGAAAAUUAUAACUGAUACGGUGAUAUUACAUAGUGCGCGUUAUCAUCACAAUAAUAUUAAUUAGAUAAUCAUUUAGGCUGUAUUCACUAAAAAAAAUAUUAAAUGUGAAAUUCAGUACGAGAUACCUAGUCAAAAGGAUAGAAAUGAAUGUUAUAAAAUAUUGGCAUUUUUAAUGAAAAAUAUAUAACCCUACAAUUGAAUGUAUAUAAACUUCUUUAUUAUAAGAGUAUGGAAAUGUAUUACCUUAAAUUCGCCCCUCCCCGGAGAUAUUUUUUUGUAAACGCGCCUCAACAAAAGAAAAAAAGGGGGGAUAUAACACCAAAAAUCCUAUCGCUAUGCCACUGUGUUUAAUAAUAAUUGAUUGUAGAUUUAACAUUCUACCAAUAAUAUGAUAACGUGGGUACCUAUCUAAUCUACAUCCUUCACGUUAUUUUUAUAGAUCCAAAUGUGCCGGAACCUCCGAAACGUAAAGAUGUUUUUUAUUUGAUUUUAUUAUAUAGCGUAAUUAUUAUAUAAGUGUACCUAUACCACGAGAUAUCAACCACACGAUUAAUUUAUAUGCGUAUAGAAUAACAAUACACAUUUUAAAUUAAUAAUAAUUUGACAUUUAUAAAUAACUCUAAUAAUAUAAUACUAUACCUACGUUUCAUUUUAUUUUAUUGUAAUAUUUGAGAUUGUUAGUUAAUUUAAUAAUAAAUAUUAUAUUAACUAUAUUUUAUUUUUUAACCUAUAAUAAUACUUUUGUUCUUAUUCAAGCAUUCUCAAUUAUCAAUGACGAUGGAGAAAUGGUAACAUUUAGACCACCACCACUACCAGCUUUUACAGGUUUUGAUAAAUAAGAUUUAUAUUUAUAUAACUAUGAUUAUUAAAAAAAGACGUCCUAUGAUAAUGGGGACAGGUGCAACCACUGUUAUAGAUAAAAAUUACAUAUGGAAGUAAGUAACGAUAAACCAUUGCUUACGAAAAAACGAUUCUAAGAGGAGUUUGAUUGAUAGUGAUGCUUUGUCGACAAUAUAUAUGUCGUUUUAUAGUAAAAUAGGCAAAUAGGCUUUAUAUAUUCUCAUUAAUCAUAUUUGUUUGAAAUACCGAUUUCUCCGUUUUUUCCAAUUUAUCGGGAAAACUCCUGGGAAAAUCAAAAAAUUACCUAAUUCGGAAGGUAUUUAAAUACCUCCCAUAUUAGUUUUUCUUUUAGAAAAAGUGCAAUAAUUGGGAAUUCGAAAAAUAUUUCUGGUAGAAAAGUUGUCCACCGAAAAAUAUCUACAUACAAGAUAUAAGACUGAUACAUAUUCAUACUUGAUAGAUACAAAUAGAAAAUACAUCUAACGUGUUCAAAAAUAUAUCAUAGGUAAUUAAUAAGUAAAUAAUACUAUUGAUACUGUAUCUGAAAUGUAUGUAGGUACAAUAAGAUCUAACAUGUAAAGAAUAAUUUACCGUUUUAUAUCUAUUUUUGCACACAAAACCUCCAUUGCUCUACUUCUUUGUACCAUACGCGUCAGUACUUACUUUUAAGUUUAAAAAAAUCUUUAUUAUGUGUAUAUAAAUACAUUUUUUUUGCACUGCAAAUAAAUAAAUUAAUUACGAAGUGGAUUAAUUGUUUUUGUAACUGUAAUAUGUACAUUUGUAAUUUCAAUACGGUUUGGUAUCAAAUAUUAAGAAAACAUAUUAAGCAUUAAUAAUAAAGAAUUUUUUUUUUAUUUUCGGAAUCGUAAAAGUGAUUAGAAUAAAUACAAUUAAACUGAAUAAACGCGCCACGUGUAAAUGCGUGUAUUAGAAUAGUUACGGUGAAACGUUGAAAUCCGCGUGAACGCACGCGUCAUUUUUCAAACGGCCUUUUCCAACGAACGAGCCGAUAAACAUUUAAAAAAAAAAAAAUAAAUGUUCAAUAAAACACCGAGUACUAUAAUAUAGAUUUAUCGCGUGUUCGUUUUUUCGAUGGAUAGUCUUUUACGCGAUUUUAAUAUUGUACAAUUAUUGAAGGAUCGCAUCGCGUUGUUUCGCUCAAAUUAUUUAGUUAAAUUUUAAACGUUAACUGGUCUAUGGCGUAAUAACCACAAUAUUAUAUUUGUAUUUUUAAGAUUCGUUCGGUCGGUGUUACUCGCGGAAACAACAAACUACGAUCCAAAAAAAUAGUAAAUAUGUUAUUGACUUUUGUUAUUUCGUUAACGUAUAUAGGUAAAUGAUUUAUACUAUAUAUUAUGUAACGAAUGUUCUACUGUUCGACCUUUCUGGCACAGGACAUUAUCGUAUACAAAUUGGUAUGAGUAAUAUAAUGUAUAUCUAUUUAAAACAUAUCUACACACAAGAUACUAGACUCAAUUCAGGUUUACCUAUCGAUACAAAUAUAAAAUACAUCAAAGGUUAUCAAAAAGAUACCAGAUACAUUGAGUUAAAUUCUCAAUACUGUAUCUGACAUACAAGUCACAACAUGUAAAUGGUAUUUCACUUCUGUAUACCCGUUCGGACAGAGAAAACCUCCUUACGAACAGUCUGACCCUCCCCCUUUUGUUUUUAUGUAUUUUAUCGGUCUAAGAAAAUAAGUUAUAAUAAAAAAUUAUAAAAGUGGAUAUUUUUUGUAUAUUUUUUUUAAAUCAAGGUGCUAAUUAAAAUUAUUAUUAAAUUAUGAUAAAAUUAUUAUUUAACUAUUUAAAAUGUUCUCUGGAUUCGAUUAAUAAUGAUAAUGUAAUAUAACCUCCUCUAUAGCAUUAUAAAGUCUAUUCACUGUUGAUUUAAUAUUUGAUACAUUUUAUUUGUUCAACGGACCAAUUUAAACAUUCAACACAUAUUUUUCGUUAUUACAGUGUCAAGAAAUAAUAGUAACCUGUAUUUCUGUAACGGUAAUUUUUACAAAUAUUAUAAUGUAUAGUAACUUUAAGACUAUCAUAAUAUUUACCCCAUUAUCUCUUAUCAGAUGUCAACUCUUAUAAGCACUCUUUCAGUUGUUAUUACACUUUAGUGUAAUUUAUUAUCACCUGUAAUCGGUUUGAGGCUCCUUACAUAAUUUAAAUAUGAUGGAAUAGCCUGGUGGGGUAGCCUAGUUUUGUGGGGGGACAAGGCAAAAGGGGCAAUAUAAUUGGUUUAGUUAUAACAAAUUAUAACUGUGAUACCAGUAGUAAAGUUAAUGUGAUCUGUUAAAGUUAAAGUUAAUCUGAUUUAACGGAAAUUAUAAUCUAAACAAUAUUAUAAAUCCUAAGUUCCUAACUUUCAACCUUUAAUAGUUUAAAUAGUUACCUAUCUAUAAUAAUAUAAAUAAUGGUUUUAUUUUAAAGAUAAUCUGUCAAAUUUCCCAACGGAUUCGAUAUCUUCAUUCAAAAAACUUGGUAAAUUUUUGUUUUUUAUUUAAUUUUAGACAAAUAAAUAUAAUAAUAAUCGAAGAAGAAAGUGACGUAAAAUCUCUGAAAAUGUAUUAAUGAAUAUUAUGAAACUCACCAUAAAUUAAAUUAUUAUAAAUUAUUUUUUACAGGAUCUUUAAAUAAGAAAAUGAACGACAUCCCUGGUGGUAAAUUUUUUCAUAAUAUUCAUAUGUCAACUAUAUAUUUUUAAAUAAUGUAUACUAAAAUACAUUUUAGUUUAUUACUAUUAUUAUUUUACAAAGAUGUUACGUAAACUAACAUACUAACAAUAAAUUUGAAUGAAACAAAUUUGUCUUGUAUUGAGAAAUAAAAUAAUUUGUGUUUAAAAUGUAGCUGUUGGUUUAAGUUUAUUUUUAAAAUAUUGGACUUUAUUACUUUGGUUAUUACACAUAAACAGAGGUGAACGUAGGGGGGAACGAUCCCUGUAUUCCCAAAAUUUAAAAUGCCCUGUAAUUUGUAUAAUAAAUUAACAGGGUAAUUUUUUUAUCGUAAAUCUGCAAUUGGCUCGGAGUUUUUUAUGUUAAUUUGAUUUCUGUUUUUUCUAACUAUUAUGGAAUCUUUUAAGCAUUAAUUUAAAAACAUUUUUAAUUUUUUACCUCUACAUUAUAAACCUUAGCAAAGUACAUACUUUUGAUUUUCAAACAGGAAUUUCCCCAUUUAAACACAGAUUUAAAAUUAUUAAUGAUAAUAGGGUAAUAAAUUGCAUAUCUAUAACACUUCCCUACUCCUCCGGUCUAAACUUCAAACUUUUAUAACUCAUAAACGGUAGAUCUGAUAUUAGUGUUAUGCAUUUAAAAAUAUCUAGAAAAAUAUUUUCUAUUCAAAUUUGUAUUCAAAAGGGAGGGUUUCACUUUAAAAAUCCAGAGUAUGUAAUUAUUUAAAGUAUAAAGAGUAGGGAUAAAAACUAAAAAAAUAUUUUUAAAUUAAUGCUUAAACGAUUUCAUAAUGGUUAGAUAAAGUUUUUAUGACUUUAGUAUUCGUGUGUGUGUGUGUUCGAAAGUUCCUUAGGAAAUAAUAAUAAAUAAUAACUAGUUUAUCGCUUCAUAUGUUUAUUGGUUGACUAUACAAAUUAAUACGUAAUACAUUUAGUGAAAAUGUUGUUUAAUUUAAAUAGUAUGUAACAAAAUACCCUCUAUGAGUUGAAUGUAUUCUGAUUAUUGAAAUUAUAAUACAUACUAAUGAAAAAUAAUAUAUACCUAAUUUUUUUUUAAAGCUAACUUUUCUCGAACAAACUCACGGCGGUUUUUGAAGUCUCAAACAGGUAGUGAAUAUAUUAACAUUUAAUAAUCUUUAAUUACCUAACUUAAAUAAUUUAUUUGUAUACAAAGAACAUUUGGACUACAGUUUUCCGGUAUAAAAACUAAAUUUACAAAUAAAUGUCAUCUAAGAUGCUACAAGUACCAAAUGUCCGUAUGGAUAUAAAAGGAAGCUGUAAGAGCCCUCUACAACUACAUUUUCAACGUCAUUUUUCAAAUAAAAUCACUUAAGUGGGAAAAAACGAAGAAAAACGUAAAAUUUCAAGAUUUCAGUAUUUUGUAAAAACACGGACGAUAUUUUCUACCAAAAAAAAAAAUUUAAUCGAAAAAUCACAAGACGCCUUUUUUGUUUUCUUUUUGAUUUGUUUUCUUAUAGUUUUGAGCCACUUUUGAACUUUUAAAGUAUUUAAAUUGUUUACAAUAUUUCAGUUAUAAAUACACGUAGAAACUUUAAACUUGGUAAUAAUACUUAUAUUGGAUUUACCUAGACUAUUGAUACUGUAUCUGAAAUAUAAAUAGGUACAAUAAGAUCUAACAUGUAAAAAAUAUUUGACUACUGUAUACCCAUUUGGACACAGGAAACCUCCAUUGCUGUACUUAUUUAACUUAUAAUAACGUUUAUUGGUUAACUGCACAAUUAUUAGGUAAUACGUAUAUAUUUAAUGAAUAUAUUAAUCAAUUUAAAUUAUGUGUAACAAAAUACCUGCCUUGAGGGUUUAUAAUAUCCUUUAUAAGUCGGUUUUUUUCUGAUUGUUUGAAUUAUAAAACACACAAAUAAAAAAUAAUAUACAUAUUUUUUUUUUUUAAGCUAAUCUUUCUCGAAAACACUCACGGACUUUGACUACUCCGACUUCUUCAACAAAUGGUAAAUAUUUUAAUAUGUUGUGUUCUUUAAUAAGUAUAACAUUACGUACGUUUGUCCUUUUUGACAAGACAAUUGCGUAUGUUUUUCGAUAGAUUAAAAAAUACUUUAAAAAAAUUAAAAGCAACACGAUUGCGUACGAAUUCAUGUGAAACAUUUUCAAAUGUAUAAUUUACUAUAUGGAUAUUCAAUAAUUAUCCAGUAAAAUAAUUUUAUUUGAACUGCAGAAUUUUAUUACCAAUAAAAUAAUUACUUCAUAAUAAAUUAAUAGGUGAAAGUUAAUUAUUUUAAAAUACCUAAAUUUUAAUUUCUGAACUUCUAUAUUCUACGUCCUUAUACUUCCAAAUAUUGCAAUUUAUUUGUACGGAUUUUAUACUCAUCAUAAGACUUUAAAAUAUUUUGAAUUCGAAUAAAAUACUAGUUGCCGUUUUCCUUAUGUUCCCGUUAUUAAAUAAUUGUAUAAUCGGUCUUGUCUACUAAAGUUUAAAAACAAUAACUAUUUUCCUUUUCCGAAUUUUAUAAUUUUAAUAGAAUUUUCGAUAUUAUUCAACGUCGUAUAUACACACAUAUGACGAUUAACGACGAACUGAAGAGCAAAAAGUACCUCUAUAUUUGAAAUAACGAAAUUUCCACCAUAGUAAGAUGUAUUUGAUGUUGCGUUAAUAUCGUUAACAAUAAACUUUAAGAAAAAACGAAAAGUAUUUAUGCAUUAUUUAUAGUUCAAUGGUGUGGUAUAUACCACCGUACCAGUAUGUAAAUUGGUAACGACGGUUAAAAUUUCGUACGCAAUUGUGUAGCUUAAAAGAGUAUCACCGAUGUCCAAUAACGAACAUACGUAAUCGUGUUUUAUCGUUUUUUAAUUACCUGAUUUAAAUGAUUUAUUUUUCAGUAUCUUCAAAGAAUUUUAGGGAACAGUUUUUCCGGUUAGGUUUUCCCGGCAAAUUAAAUUUACAAAAAUACAUGUCAUCUAAGACGGUAAAAAGAUAGUGUAUCCGUAUAAAUACAAAUGGAAGCUGUACAAACCCUAUGGCUACGUUUUUAUUAAAAAUAAUACACGAUACUUGUAUAUCCUUUAUAUUUAAAAGUGCUCCCAAAAAAGAUUAUAAUCUUUGGAUCGGAUAAAAAGCAAUUUUAUGAUUUUAGUAUUCAUGUUUGUAUGUUCAAUACUUCCAUAGGAAAUAAUAAUACUUACUUGCUUCAUCUGUUUAUUAGCUGACUAUAAAAAAUGAAUAGAGAAUACGUAAUAUAUUUGGUGAAAAUGUUGUUUAAUUUAAAUAUUAUAACACCCUCUAUGAGUUGGUUUUAUUCUGGUUAUUAAAAUUUAAAUUAUAAUACAUUCUAAUAAAAAAUAAUAUUCCUAAUACCUAACUAAUUUUUAUUAUUAUUUUUUUUUUUUUAAGUUAACUUUUCUCAAAUAAACUCACGGUAUCCGACUUCUCCAACUUCAUUAACAAGUGGUAAAUAUUUUAAUAUGUUGUGUUUUUUAACUACAUAAAUUAAAUGAUUUAUUUUUAUCUGUAUAAAAAAAACACAAGAACAACAGAUUUUCCAGUAAAAAAAAAAAAUAUAUAAAUUAAUGUCACCUAAGACUUUAAGAUGAUCGUAGGUGUGUAUAGAUAUAAAAGGAGACUAUUCAAAUCCUACUACUCUUAACUUGUGUCUAUAUUUCAGUACAAUUUUAUUUAAAAUAAUACAACAUACGUGUUUAUUCCUACUUCAGAGACGUUCUUAAGUAUUUUUACUGGAGGGGGAGGAUAUAUGAAAACUGAUUAAAAGUGAGAAGUAGGUCUCCAUAUCCUCUCUCUUAUAUAAAAACAACAUACAUUAAAUUAUAACGUAUUAUAUUUUUGUAAAAUAUUAAAUUUACAAAAUAUCAAUUAUUCUUGAUUUUUAAGCCAGUACAUCAAGGACUUCUUCGGGAUAAAUUUGAACUUUUGUACGAACGGCCAAGAAUUUUAAUCCAUUAAGACUUUUCUAAAAAUGGCUUACUACAUUUUUCACUAAAAAUGAUUUAUAACAACAACUAAAACCCGGGUAAAUAUGUUAAUCAGUUCAUUGUUCGGUGGUAGUAUCAUGAAAUCAAUAUUAUGUUGUUUAUAUCAAUUAUAUAUUAAUUCAGCUGCUUUAUAAAACCAGAAUGUCGAUAAAGAAAUUUAUCUAUAACCACAGACAAAUAAAAUCCAAACACAGUCUGUAACCUUGCGUGGUUUUUAAUUUGUAUACGAAUAUUGUGGAAAAUGAUAACAAGUCAAAAAAUUAUGUAUUGAUUAUAUUUAUUUAUUUGAUUAUUAUCAUAAAAUUUUAGUUAAAUAGGAAACUCUAAAUAACAUAAAAAAAAGGCUAUUGGGGAGGGUCCAUCCCACAUAGCUCUUCCACGAGAACACUCGUUUCCUACUUGACUAUUUGUUGUUUAUUGAUCUAUUCCGUCACAUUCAAUCGCUAAGUAAAUAUAGUUGUUUUGAAUUCAAAUAAUUGUAAAACGAGCUUUGCCUUCGUAUACACAUUAAUUUUUAAAGUUUAGUUUUGAAAAUAUAAAAAAAUCAUGAAGAAAAUUCCUAAAGAUAAAAAAAAAACAAAAUUAAUCACGUUAUUGUCAUUGAAAAAGAAUUGAGUUUUAUUCGAAUUAAAACCAACAUGCAACAUGCGAAAACAUGAUUUUCGUAUUCAUACGUCGUAGGUAAUAAUAAUUAUAACUUUACAUAUAAUAUACAGUUUAAUAUAAUACUAAUAUUUACUUAUAUUACACUUUAUCUAUAAUUAAGAACAAUUUUAAGGGACCAUUCAAGGAAAAAAUCGUAAACAAAUAAUGAACUUUGAUGGAAACUUGUUUUGCUGUAUCUUCACUCGGUUCGUUAGUAAAGUUACGGCCGUUUAUAAAAUAACGCAUGAUGUCAAGAAUAAAUCAGUUUGCAUAAUAUUAUUAAAAUUAUGGUUUUUUCCCUGUAAAAUGUGAUACUAAAAUUGUAUUGGAAUAAAACAUUUUAAAUACAGAAAAACAUGUGUUUAUUUCGUUUAUUAUCGGAUGAGUUAUAUAUAUUUAAAAAAUAUCUACACACAAGAUAUUAAAAAAGUCAAUAUUCUUACAUUUAGAUGUACAAAUAGAAAAUAUAUCAGACGUAAAAUAUUUAUCAGUGUAGACCCUUUAAACCCACACCUAUUUACCAUCUGUACACCUUCAUACGGAAAUUAACUUAUAUGAACCAUUAUAUUAUUUAUGCUGUGUAUCACAUAGAUGUGACAAAAUACAUAUAACUAUAAGAAUGUUAACGAAAUUUGUAUUUUUUUUUUGUUAAGGUAAAUUUAAACGAUUAUAUUCACAGACCUCUUCGAUAAGUGGUAAGUAUGUGAAUAUUUAUAGUUAAUCUUUUCUUUCAUUUAUAUAGAUGAUUUAUAUUUUAUUCAAUUAUUCAAAGAAAACCUAUAAUACACAUAAUCGAUACGUCAACUUUUAGUUGCUAUAAUUUAAUAAGUAUAUUAGUUUAUUAUUACAAUACAUUGUUUUUUACCGUUUUUAUAUUAUAGAUUACUCCUACACUGAUGGUAAUUUUUUUUUUAAUUAUUUAUCAUUUAUAUAA